GGACCCAAGUCGCAGAGGAAGAUGCAGAGCCUAUACCAGGCUGCUGGCAGAAUUCUCAUUUCCCUGGGGACUCUCAGUGUAUUCUCUGGAGUUAUUGCUUUCUUCCCUGUCUUUUCUUACAAGCUUUGGUUCACAGGAUGGAAUGUCUGGAUUGCUUGUCCCAUCUGGAAUGGAGCUUUGGCCAUCACGACUGGCAUACUUCUGCUGGUGGCUCACAAAGAGUGGACCAAGAGAUACUUGUGGGAAGCUAGUUUCACCUUUGUGAUUCUGAGCAUUAUGGGAUGUCCACUUCAUUUUGUGAUAGCCUUGGAAUCUGCUCUCCUGGGUCCAUAUUGCUUUUACUCAUUUUCUGGGAUUGCAGGGACCAAUUACCUUGGUUACGCGGUUGCCUUCCCUUUUCCAUAUGCAAAAUUCCCAGCAACUUGUGUGGACCCACCACACUACGAGGAAUACCACCUGACGCUUCAAGCCUUCGACCUAUGCUUGAGCUUCGCCAUGCUCUGCGUUUCCCUGACAGUGUUCAUCAAGCUCUCUGCAGGACUUAUCUGGAAUAGACACGUUCCCCGGUCAAAAGAAUGGACAAUAAAUUUGAAGCAAUGUUCCUCUUAAAUUUGUUAUAUUUGUGGCCAUUAUUUUGAAAUACUUACAAA